AUGCAAUCAAGCUUUGAAAGAUUACAGGCAAUAAUUGAGAACAAGAGCAGUCUACAUUUCCGUACAAGCCACUGCCUACGAUUCGAGCCUACCAAUUUCGGGGUAAAUUCUGUGGUCAAUUCCAUCUCAGUACUGGAUCGCGUAUCUGUUUCGAAUACUUUCGAUAUAUCCACAGCCACAAGCACAAAGGUCCAUCGUCCAUCGUCCAUGGAGGGGUCAACAGUUCCUUCGGGUCUUUCGCCCAGCUUGGGCAAUGGCGGACCCCCGAGAAAGAGGAACGGAAGAUACUCUCGAAUCUGGUUACGUCUGUUAGCCAGAAAGCGGGGUCUCGUGCACUAUAGCGGCAAUACUGAUGAACUAAGUGAUAGAUUGAAUGAAUUUCUCAACGACAAUUUUCAUACUACCAUGGAUGAAGAGAUGAUUUCCAUUUACAACGAAUUACUUGAGGCAAAAGAGUCAGAUGACUGGCCAGAUUGGUUAAUGACAACUGGCAGAGCAGGAGCGGUUCAGCAAAGCGAAGGCAAGGACGAGAACAAGCGGAAUAUUACUCCUAUGGUCGAUGAUGAUACUGCGAAACAUAUGCACGAAGCGAAGGAGAUUGAAUCAGCGGAAUCGCGCCGGACAUCUAGGGAAUCUGAUGGGCUUUCGCCAAGCAUAACCAAUAGCCACGACUAUGUCCCAACGCGAGAACAGGAUGAACACUAUGACAUGAGCCUUUGCAGCGGGGAUGAACAGUCCGCUCACGAAGACCAUACUGUUAAAGCGGAACAUCCAGAGAGCACGGCUGUAAGGGAGGAUCACCUGCACGGCAGGUUCAAAGUUGACUUCAAUGGAACCUGGCGUUUGAUGGUCAAAGGACUGCAUCCGAGCGAUGCACGCACCAUGUCAGAUUAG